UGGCAAAGAGCACAGGGAGCGAGGACUCUGUUGCGGCAGGAGGCACCCGGAGAGUCAAGGUGAACGACUGACUUCCAUCACUGCAGAAGACAUGAAGGCACAGUGCGCGUCUCACUGGCUCCUGGGGAUGACGUUUGUUCUCUGCUCAGUUCAUAUCUACAGUCUUAGGAGAUGUCUGAUUUCUGUGGACAUGCGCCUCAUAGAAAAGAGUUUCCAGGAGAUCAAGAGAGCCCUGCAAACUAAGGACACCUUCAAAAAUGUCACCAUCUUGUCCACCCUGGAGGACCUGAGGAACAUUAAGCCUCUGGAUGUGUGCUGCGUGACCAACAACCUGCUGACAUUCUACAGAGACAGAGUGUUCAAGGACCAUCGGGAGACAAGCCUUGAGGUCAUGAGGAGAAUCAGCAGCAUUGCCAACUCUUUCCUCUACAUGCAGAAAACCCUGGAGCAAUGUCAGGUACACAGACAAUGCCACUGCAGUCAGGAAGCCACCAAUGCAACCAGAAUCAUCCAUGACAACUACAAUCAGCUGGAGGUCUCAUCUGCUGCCCUUAAGUCUCUAGGAGAGCUGAACAUAUUUUUAGCCUGGAUUGACAGGAAUCAUCAGGAGACGUCUGCAGCUUGACACCAAAUGCCUUGUCUGAUUAUCUAGAGAUAACAGACUGUGAGGGUUUUUGUUUUUAACGUGUUGUUGUUUUAUUUUGUUUUUGUUGUUUGUUUUGUGGUCAACAGCUAAGUUUGAAGAGGAGACAGAUGUGGAAAGCCCCCAUAAUUCUCUGGAAUGAGGGUCUUUUCUGGGAACUCGCUGAUGUGGAAGGAAUUCUCUUUUCUGGGCUGGAGCCUUACAGAAAAAAUUGGGGUUUGAGUAGAUCUCAGCUCCUGGCUGAGGUCUCUGCACGCUGAUCCCACCUGCAAUAGCUGAGUCGGCUUCUGUGGUAUUUAUAGCAAUAUGUGGCUGUUGAGAGAGCCCAGAUAUCAUAGGAGCGAUAGACAGCCCCUCUAACUUAUUGUGAAGUGACUUCCAGGCCUUUGUGGUGUGCUAUAGUGCAUAUUGUACUGACUGACAUUUAUGAAUAAACUGUGGUUUACCUAUGAGAAUGAA